AUGGAGCCGAAGAGCCCCACGGAGGCCUCAGGGCAGGAGAAGGCCUUGGGGCAACUGAGUCAGGAGGCCACCUGCCCACUCUGCCUGGACUUCUUCCAGCAGCCGAUGGUCCUGGCCUGCGGACACAACUUCUGCCGCGACUGCCUGGCCCGGCUGGGCGCUGAGGCUUCCUGCCCUCAGUGCAGAGCCAGGGUGGAGCCCGGCAGCGCCUGCCCCAACCGGGCCCUGGCCAACAUCGUGGGCCUGGUGAAGGGGCUUCGGCUGUCGGGGGGAGCCCAGGAGGGGAGCAGCGGCCCCCAGCUGUGCCGGGAACACCAGCAGCCCCUGCAGACCUUCUGCUCCAGCGAGAAGCGCCUCCUCUGCACCGGCUGCCUGGGGGGGCACCAGGGCCACCCCCUCCUCUCCCUGCCCGAGGCUGCCCGGGAAUACAAGGACCUGCUGGAUGCCCUCCUGGAGCCCCUAAGGAAGGAGGAGAAGCAGCUGCUGGAGCAGAGGCGGGCGGAAGAGCAGAGCCGGCAGGAGUGCCAGGAGCAAUUAGCCACCGAGAAGCAGAAGGUCGGCCUGGCGCUGGAAUCCCUGCUGGAGCUGCUCCGGGAGAGGCAGUCGAUCUGGGUCACCUGGCUGGCCGAGCAGGAGGAGAAGAUGGAGGCUGAGUGGGUGGGCCCUCUGGCCCAGCUCAACGGAGAGGCCUCCCGCCUGCAGCAGCUGAUUGCCCAGAUGGAGAGGAAGUGCCGCCAGCCAGACACGGAAUUCCUGCAGGACAUCCAGGACACCGUGUACAGGUGCCGGAGUUACGUGGUGGGGCGUGUGAAGAGUGUCUCCCCCGGGCUGAAAGACAUACUCAAGACCAUCUUGGAGAAAAACACUCCUGUAAGGCAGGUUGUGGACAAUUACAAAGUCUACGUCACGCUGGACGUCUCGACCGCCCACCCGCAGCUCUGGUGCCAGGGAACCACUCUGACUUUGUCCAACCAAAACCAGAAUCUCCCGGAUCUGCCAGCGAGGUUCAACCAGGAAUUGUGCGCCCUGGGCUGUGGGGAAUUCUACAUGUGCUAUUGGGAAGUGUCCGUGCAGGAGGCAGGGAACACCCCGGUGGGUGGCAGAGCAUGCUGGGCCGUCGGGGUGGCCAUAGAGUCUGUACGCAGGAAGGGGAGUUUCCAGCUGAGCCCCCAGGAGGGAAUCUGGGCCGUGGGGAAGAGUGUGGAGGGGGAGACGGUCGCUUUCUCCAAGGUUCACGAGAAGCUCAACUUGCAGAAGCCGCUGAGGAGGCUGCGGGUGCGGCUGGACUACAAGGCAGAAGAGGUGGAGUUCCUAGAUGCAGAGAUUGGGGUUUCCCUCUACACCUUCCGGACGGGGGCCUUCCUUGGGGAGAGGGCCUACCCUUUUUUCUACCUGGGCCAGCAGGGGGUCACCCUUCAGUGUGAGGGAUGUCCAAGUUCAACUGCGUGGCGGGGCUACUGAUUAUAA